AUGCUGCGUCUGCUGUACAACGACAAGAAGAGGAUAACGUUUCUGUGGGUACCCUCACAUACUGGAAUCCCAGGCAACGAAGAGGCAGACAAAGAAGCAUCAAGAGCGGCAGUCCCUUCAAGCAGAAGUGUGAUUCGUACACCCUACCAAGAUUUGAAAGGACUAAUAAAAGUGCACAUAACCAGUCUUUGGCAACAGAAAUGGAAUGGCAGUCACAGCAAACUACUCGCAAUUGCUCCAGAUGUCAACACGCGAUUCACCCUACCUUCAGGAAGAAGGAACCAGAUAAUUAUGUCACGUCUCCGGAUAGGCCACACACUAGUGACUCACAAGCACAUCUUCGAAGGAACCGAUGCGAUGCCCCAGUUUGUUCAACGUGCAACCAGCGGCUCACGGUGGUUCACAUCCUGA